AUGGGAAUUGCACAGCUAGGAGUACCCAAUAUUUUUGGCACUCGAAUCGGUGUAGCCGACGUUUUUAACAUGCCCGGCCUUAACACACAGGGUGUAUCAAUGGCUCGAGUAGACUUUGAUCGUGAUGGUUUAGACCCCCCAUAUACUCACCCUCGAGCCACUGAAAUUAUAUUCGUAAAAGAGGGUGCGUUAGUUGCUGGAUUUAUCACUACGGACAAUGUUUUUGUUAACAAGUUGAUCACAAAGGGAGAAGUCUUUGUUUUCCCAAGAGGGCUCAUCCAUUUCCAGUUUAAUAUUGGCAGAGGUAACGCAACUAUUAUUGUGGCCUUUAACAGCCAAAAUCCUGGUGUUCAGCUUAUUGCAAUUUCCAUGUUUGCGAGCAGACCUCAAAUUCUAGAAGAAGUUGUGGCUAGG